AUGCCCCUAAUCGAGCUCGCCAAAGUGCGCUUGCGCCCUUCCAUCCAAACCCAAACGUCGACAUCAUCGUUCAAUGAACUUUGGCGAAGUGUCCUCGAGAUCAUGACAACAAAAGCAGGUACGCCGUUCCAGUUGUACCGCUCGACCUCAGAUGCGACAAUCUAUUAUCUCGUGGGUGGCUGGCGCACAGCCGACGAACAUAUCGCCUUCCUCUCUUCUCCUCAAGCAGUCGAAUUUGCAAAAGCAAUCGGCCAGUACGUCAGUGCUGAAAUUGUCCAGCACAUCGAAGGGGACAUUGAUACACUGGGUGCGGUUAGACCGAAGAGAUUGAGAGUCACUUUGGCUAAGCUUCAUGAAUCUGAGGCUAUUAGGUGGGAAAAUCAAUGGAAGUCGCGGAAAGGAGCUGGGGGCUGGGACAGAAGUGCCUCUGUGCAGAAGGACCACCAAGCUUUCGCAAAGAUGGGUGAGGUAACUGAUAGCCCUUCGGCGUUCGGAGGAAACAUCGAGAGAGAGAUGUUGAACUGGGUCUGGAUUGAUGACGCUGCAUCGGGUGAUGUUUUCGGGAAGACAUCGCCGACAGGGACUGCAAAAAUGAAAUCAUUUGAACUUGAGCACGUUCUUGGAUAG